AUGAUGGAGCACUACACGACGAAUCCGUGGCUCGAGGAAAUAAACGCGAGCGUGGCGGGCGUCGUGAGCCUCGUCGCCAAUUGUGUGCUCAUUUGGGUGACGUGCAAAGUGAAGACGUACUCGGAGACCGUCCGAUGGGCACAGUACUACUCGUGCCUCUUCCGAAUCGUUUUCUCCGCUUUUGUGCUCGUCACGAGUCCGGUGAGUGACAAUUUUGAAAAAUGAUUUUUUUGUCAGCUUCACACAAUCCUGAACUUUAUGACACUUGUGAAACUUUAAUCUCUACCGGAUAUCACAUUUUGAGACGGUGAUGUACCUGUCGGAAGUGAAAUCGCUGUACAUUGUGAAGGGCGGAGUCCCUUUGCCCCGUGAAAUCGGCGCCUACUUUCUCAAUUUCUUCGUCGUCUUCGUGAUCACUUCGUGCACAAGUCCGACUGUUCAGUUCCUACAAGUCGCCUAUAUUCUCUCGAAGUGAGUCCAUUCGAAACUUUAUAUCUCAGCUGUCUGUAAAGAUAUCAAAAAGCUGUCAACUGGCAAAAUGAUCAUUAUGAAAUUGUGUACAUUUCAUCAGUUUACACCUUUUUGAUAUCUCUACCGCCAGCUGAGAUACAUCGUUUACAGCCCGGCCCUCAAUAACCACGGGCUCUUCCGCUCUCUGAUCUCUUCGAUUCCGUUGUUCGUGGGCGUUCCCACGUUCAUCCUCAUCGGAAUCGGAUACUCCCCCAGUGCGUACGAAAUGGACUUCUCCGAGAGUUUGAUAAGAGAAAUCACGGGAAACGAGGACAGUUCGUUCUUGAUUGCGUCGGAGGAGAAGGUUGGUUAGGGAUGGAUGGAUAAUACUAGAGCACUUUGUAAGAUCUACAACGAGGCCAGCGGCAACUAUGAGUACGACGUCUCCGCGAGAGUGUGCACCUUCUUCAUCUUCUCCACCAUGCUCAUCUCUCUGAUUGUUGUCAUCGUGUGCUUCUCGCACAUUCGACGGCAGAUGAGGAAGAAAAAGACGAUGACGAGUCAGUCGGUGAAGUCACAGAGACAGCUCAACUUGCUGCUCUUGGUACAGGUAUGGACUUUCUACUGACGCCAAGCCAGUUUUUUUCAUUCUUUUUUAGGCCAAAAUGAGGUUGCCACACUGAAUUUAAAGCUCUCUCUGUUCAUUAUUUUGCCUCAAUCUGAAACAUUAAUUUUCCGACAGUUCCAUUGUCCAUUUCCGUUCAAAUAUUCCAGUUUCUGUUCCCGUUCGUCACCAUCCACAUCCCGUUCUACACGGCGUUCAUCCUUCCGUACAUGGACAUCGAGUUCAAAUUCCUCUCCGCCCACCUACCGUACCUCUUCUCGUGGUGCCCGGCGAUCAGUCCGAUCCUCAUUUUAUUGAUGGUCAAGGUAGGGAGUGAGCCUUGCUCUUAACAGUUCCGAAAUGUCGGUUGCAGAACGUCCGCGACACGCUGCUGGGCCGGAAGAGUCCAAACAACACGAAUACGGGAAUGACGUUCACUUCGAGUCAUGCACUUCACCUCAAAAACUCGGUUUCCCUCAAAACAUGAUGGAUUUAUGGGAAUAAAGUUGAUUUUCUUCAUAAAUCACAUUGGAAAAUGGAAAUUAAGGGGGGUUAAUAUGUGCACUUUUCUGUUUCAGUGUGUUCUUGUUUGCACGCGCUUUUUCAGAUAUUCUAGUCUCGCGGACUUGGAAAUGUUUCAGAAUUGCAUGGUAUUUUAGUGUACACUAAAAACGUUACCGUUUCAACAACUUCCCAUAUAUCGGUUUCCGUUUCAUGUUCAGUGUUCCAGUCUUGAAGGAUAUUAUGGUUUCAGCGUAACCAGAAGUUUUUUUUAGAUACCUUCUUCGGUCGAUACGUUUUUUCCCGGUCCGUGACCCCGAUCAGAACACAUUUUUCCCUUUUCCCCCAUCCAUUUUCGUACUCUCUUACUCACACCCAUCCCAAGGGACGUCUUUUCUCGACGUAAUCAGAACGAAAAUGAGCACAUUGCGGACGUGUGCAAUUAUAAGAGAUUGAGAGCGGGUGUCUGGGAGCCGAGUCUGGAGACUACGCACGCUUCGAGCACGUUCUGAGUUGAGCCAUGCACUCGCAAAUCUGAAGUCUACCCUCUUAGGCUUUCCAGUUUUGCUGAAACGGCUCAGCGACAUUUCGCAACCCAACUGAGCUACUUCGCGAGAAUUCUCGCUACUUUUUUAUCGUCUCGCUCCCUCUCCACUCUGUCUCGCCUUCUGUUCAUAGUUCUGAUAUCAUUACGUGUCACUCCAUCCAUCAUGACACAUUUCUAAGCGCACAGCCCACGUGCCUCACUCCCUCAUCCUUCAGAUGCUUCCUCCGAUUCCAUCGUCUUUGGAGGACAAUCCGAUGGACGAAAUCAAUAGUAACGUGGCGGGAGUGGUCUCCCUCGUCGCCAACAUUCUUUUGAUCUACGCCACCUCCAAAGUGACCGUCUACUCGAGCUCGUUCCGCAAAAUCCAGUACUACGUCUGUGUCCUCCGCCUUUUAUUCUCGCUUGUCACCGUUCUCACGUCGCCGGUAAGACGUUCAGGGCGAAAAAGAGAAGAAUUCGAAUCCGUUUAGACGCUGGUAUACGUGGCAAAGAUGAAAUCGCUGUACAUUGUCAAAGGAGGCUUCUAUCUUCCAAUUCCAGUCGGUACGUGUGUUUAGAUUGCUCAUCGCUGUUUUUGAGGUUUGAUUAUAGAUUGCUAAUGCUGUUAACCGGUAGUUAGCCAAAAACAGAGAUCGGAAGGUGAUUUGUGAUCGUGUAGAGUCCGAAACCAAUACUUGAAACGUGUUCUUUUCAGGCGAACUCUUCCUCAUCAUCUUUGUCGUGUUCGUCGUGAUUUCGUGCAGUUCGCCGACCGUCCAGUACCUCCAAUUGUGUCAUUUACUCUCAGAGUGAGCCCAUUUCCCUUGCCAUUCAUUCCCCUCGAAACGCCUCAAUUCUCAGUCGUGGCCACAAGAAUGAGCGUUUCGGUCCGAUAAUAUCGACACUCUCCAUGCUCACAGGACUUCCGGCUCUCGCUCUCGCGUCCCUCGGCUACACUGCCACUUAUUCAGAGCUCAUCGAGGCUCGCGACAUUGUUUAUUAUUUGAAUGGAGAGGGAGACAGUGCAUUUCUGAUGGUCACUGUGAAUAGUGUGAGUUUUCAUAGAAUGGCACACCAAUACCAGGGGUGUGCGGAAAAUAUUUCGAUUUUCCGAAAUUUUCCGAUUUUCCGAGAAAUUUUCGGAAAAUUAGUGUGGAUUCAAGGUCAAUUUGUCCGAAACCACCGUAUGCUUUUUAAAGGCGCAUCACAAAAUUUUUGGAAGGGUCUAGCAGCGAGCGUCUUUUUAAAUUUGAAACAACCGCGCGUCUCAUUCUCACUGACAAUCGGAAAACACUGGACCCGGAGAGCUUCUCUCGGCUAAUUUUUUUGCAAAAAAAUAUUCCAUUGCUUGGCUUCCGCCCACUCAAGUGAUUUCAAAUCAUAAUAAGCAUUUUUUUGUAUUAGAACGUUGUUUAAACACUUUAUUGAACCAAUGAACAAGUGAGUUUUCCGAUUUUUCCGAUUUUUCCGAAAUUUUCCGAAAAAAAAAUUCGGAAACCCCGAUUUUCCGAAAUUUUCCGAAAAAAAAAUUCGGAAAAACCGAUUUUCCGAAAUUUUCCGAAAAAAAAAUUCCGCACACCCCUGACCAAUACUACCAGUUGUCUGUAGACUAUCUUUUUGAGCAAUUUUUCAGUCGGCAACUUUUCACAACUUUUAUUUUGUACGGGUAACGGUGGAUCACCAUGUACGUACCUAUUAAAGUUUGACGAAAAUAAUUGUAAACUAUUAAGCGACUAGUCGAAACUGCACUUUUUGCAGAGAAUAGACGCCUCCUCCGGACAACUGACAAUCGAUUGGCUCUCCCAAAUCUGCACCUUCUACAUCCUGACCAUCAUGAUUCUAUCGGUUUUCACAGUCAUUCUAUGCACAUUUUAUAUCAGAAAACAGCUGAAAAAGAAGAUGAUGAGUGCGCAGGCGAAGAAGGUGCAACAGCAGAUCAACGUGAUGCUCGCCCUUCAGUUCACCCUUCCCUUUCUCACCGUCCACGUGCCAUUCUAUGUUUCGUUUAUUCUUCCAAUGUUCGAUAUUGAGAACAGCUUCCUCUCCUCCAAUCUACCGUAUCUCUUCUCCUGGUGUCCGGCGAUCAAUCCGAUUUUGGUGAUGGCUUUGGUUAAGGUGCGUUGUGAAACCGAAAAGUAAUAACUUUGAGUGUGUAUUGCGUUCUGGUACUUUAUGUUUCCAGUUGACUAAAUUUUCGUAUAACUAUUUCUAUGCCUACUGUAUUUCCAAGAGCUAUAGUAGUCUUAGAAACUUUUAUACGAAAAAGUUGUCAAGUGGACAAAUGAGGUACUAGGUGAGGGUUUGUAAAUGUUACGUACGAUGAAAAAAGGCCAGAAAUCGACUCCCCCUCGUUUUGCAGCUAAUCGAAUGCAAUUUCAGAACGUGCGCGACCUGCUGCUCUGUCGAUUCGCUCCGUCGAAAGUCUCUUCGGGCAACAUGAUUCAUGUGCGGCACUCGCAGGUGCUCAGCGCACGUGCUCAAUGA